AUGAAGGCGUUCAUAGCAGAAGCGCCUGAUAAAACCGUAUCGAAAUAUAGUCAUCAAACGCUUACAUGGCAUUUUAUACCCCCAGCAGCUACUCACAUGGGCGGACUGUGGGAGGCGGGUGUAAAAAGUUUCAAAAACCACUUUAAAAAGAUUGCAUCCAACCACAAAUACACCUUCGAGGAGCUCAGUACCUUAUUAUGCCGAGUUGAGUCUUGUCUCAACUCGCGACCUUUAAGUCCCUCAUCGAACGAGCCAACGGACUUGGAGCCUCUAACUCCCGGUCAUUUCCUCAUAGGCGGUCAUUUACUCGCGCCUCCGGAAUUAGAUGUAAAUGAAAAUCCAGCCUCCAUGGUAAAUAGGUGGCAGAAGUUAAAGGCCUUACAUCAAACCUUUUGCAGGCGAUGGAAGUCAGAAUACCUAUCCGAACUACAGAAGCGAAUUAAGUGGAAAAAAUCCAAAGCAGAAUAUGGAAAUCGGUGA